CGGGGAGAACGGCUGCUCGAGUGUCUCCGCUUCCCCGGGUGAGCCACUGAGGAGCUCCCGCCGCUGCUCCAGGGUGAGGGCGAGCAGAGCUGCCUCUGCUUUUCGCUCUAGUGGCUAAGUUGAAGACCUGCCAUGACGAUGAAGAAAGAGACUGCAUUUGCUGUUUCCACCUAAAGAAAAAUGACCAACAAGAACCAAAGUUGUGGUGUGGGACAGGACUCCAUGCCCUCCAUGACUUGUCUCAUCCACGUACUUGAAGCGUGGCUUGGUGUGGAGCAUUUGGAGGACUACUGGAAUUUUGCAAACUACCUCUUGUGGGUUUUCACACCACUCCUCCUUUUAAUACUCCCUUACUUCACCAUCUUUCUGCUCUACCUUACUAUCAUUUUCUUACACAUUUAUAAGAGGAAGAAUGUGCUAAAAGAAGCCUACUCCCAUAAUCUGUGGGAUGGCGCGAGGAAGACGGUGGCGACCCUGUGGGACGGACAUGCGGCUGUCUGGCAUGGUUAUGAAGUUCAUGGGAUGGAAAAAAUACCAGAAGAAGGACCAGCACUGAUCAUUUUUUAUCACGGAGCUAUUCCCAUAGACUUUUACUACUUCAUGGCUAAAAUUUUUAUCCAUAAAGGCAGAACUUGCCGAGUAGUAGCGGAUCACUUUGUCUUUAAAAUUCCAGGGUUUAGCUUAUUACUUGAUGUAUUUUGUGCUAUUCAUGGACCAAGAGAAAAAUGUGUUGAAAUCCUGCAGAGUGGUCACUUGCUAGCUAUCUCACCAGGUGGCGUUCGGGAAGCACUGAUGAGUGAUGAGACCUACAACAUUGUGUGGGGUAAUCGGAAAGGCUUCGCUCAGGUUGCAAUCGAUGCAAAAGUGCCCAUUAUUCCUAUGUUUACACAAAAUAUUCGAGAAGGAUUUAGAUCACUUGGAGGAACAAGGCUGUUUAGGUGGCUUUAUGAAAAAUUCCGUUAUCCAUUUGCCCCCAUGUACGGAGGUUUUCCUGUGAAGUUGCGCACCUACUUAGGUGAUCCCAUUCCAUACGACCCAAAGAUCACAGCAGAAGAACUAGCUGAAAAGACAAAGGAUGCUGUUCAAGCUCUGAUUGAUAAGCACCAAAGAAUACCUGGAAACAUAAUGAGUGCUUUGCUAGAACGUUUUCGUAACAAACAAAAGAUCAACCAGAAGACUCUUUAA